CAAGCCAUAAGCCUCAUGAGUCACCGCUUUGUCGGGUGGUUGCCUUGCUACUAGAAGGAAUGUCCCACGUCUGUAAAUCAUGCCGUGACCGCUGAGCUCAAAGCUAUAUGUUGCGGUGUCCCGAUGCGUCAGUGGCAUACAAGUAUCAGGCGCUACCUCCACUUUGUUCUCACGCCGACAAUGACAAGGCAGAAACCGACACAACUUUCUAGCGAUCGACUGCAGACACGAAAACAAUUAGCGGGCAUCAGUAAAAAUAACAGAACUCUCCGUACGCCAUCCAAGAUGAAUAGUACACGAAACAAGAACCUCCAAAAAGGAGUUUUCCAUACGACGGGGUACAACCAGACAGCCGACUCCAAAGUGGCGACGGAAUCCGAAGAUACGACCUCCAGCCCAUCUCCUGUACUCUUCUGGAAACCAACACAGACUUAUGGAUACCUUGGCCAAUGGCAUAUGUCUUCGUUCACCGACCCCAGUAACAACCAGACAUUCAAUUGCGCAGAACAGUACAUGAUGUACCACAAAGCCAUUCUCUUCAACGACCUUGACGUCGCUUCGCAAAUCAUGCAGACUGAUAAUCCCCGUCAGCACAAAAGUCUCGGAGCAAGAGUGAAGAACUUCAGCGACAAGGCAUGGAACAAGGAGAAAACGAACAUCGUAGAAAAUGGGAAUUGGUUGAAAUUCACGCAGAGCGAGGAGUUGAAGACGUGGUUGCUAUCAACAGGCGAGAGCGAAUUAGUGGAAGCGAGUCCAUACGAUCGGAUUUGGGGCAUUGGUUUCAUGGCUGGAGAUGCCUUGAAGGUGGAAAGGAGUUCGUGGGGAGAGAAUUUACUGGGAAAGGUCUUGAUGAGAGUAAGAGAUAGAUUGAGGGCAAAGGAACUUGAAUCGGUCGCAGAGAAGAAUGAUUUGCAGGAGAAAGUGGCAGAGUAAAAUGUGCGGUCUUCUGGUGGAGGCAUUCUUGACGAGAAUAACCGGCAUCCGCUCUAUCCAAGUCAUCUUUGACGAAGGCUCGUUAACAUAUCGUAGCCUGCAUUCGAAGGCG